UCCUCCUCUCGUUCUCUCUCGCUCUAAGUUUUCUCGCUGUUUCUCUCUCUAGAGCAAGAGGGAGACGAUCAACAAUGGUGUUCAGCAUCCUCCCCCUCGCCGACGCGCUCCUCCGCCGCUCCUUCAUCGCCUCGGGGCUCCGCGCCCGCACCGUCGCCGUCGACGACGACACCACUAUCCACUGCUGGAUCUCCGCCGCACUCGCCCCACAGAACGGUAAACCUAACCCUAACCCUAAGUCCGGGUCCAAACCCGUGAUCCUCCUCAUCCACGGGUUCGGGCCCUCGGCGAUGUGGCAAUGGCGGGCGCAGGUGGCGGCCCUCGCCGGGCGCUUCGACCUCGUCGUCCCCGACCUGAUCUUCUUCGGGGGGUCCAGCACCCGGUCCCCGCUCCGCUCCGAGGCGUACCAGGCCGCGGCGCUCGCCCGCCUCCUCGAUGCCCUCGGCGUCCGCCGCCUCGCCGCCGCCGCGGGCACCAGCUACGGCGGCUUCGUCGCCUACCACCUCGCCCGCGCCCUCGGCCCCGCGCGCGUCGCCCGCGUCGUCGUCGCCAGCUCCGACCUCCUCAAGAGCGACGACGACGACCGCGCCUUCCUCGGCCGCGGCGCCGCCGCGGGCGUGGCCGCGGAGCGCGUCGCGGAUCUGAUGCUCCCCGGGGACGUGGCGACGAUCAGGGCGCUCAUGGGGCUCGCCUUCUACCGCCCCCCCAGGUUCGUCCCCGAUUUCGUGCUCCGCGACAUCAUCCGGAGUCUUUACAAUGAUAAACUGGAGGAAAAGAUGGAGCUUAUAAAAGGAGUAACUGUAGGCAAGAAGGAUGAGUUCCAGCUCACUCCCCUUGAGCAGGAGGUUUUGAUCAUAUGGGGAGAGCACGACCAAAUAUUCCCUGUGAAGAAGGCAUUUGAGGUGAAAAGGCAAUUGGGGGAGAAAGCCAAGUUGGAGAUUUUGAAGAAGACGGGGCACAUGCCACAGAUGGAGGACUCAAAGCGAUUCAAUCGGAUCCUCCUCAACUUUUUGUUAGAUGCUCCCGCCUCGUAAAAUCAAUGUGCAUGAAUAUUGCAGUUUCAUACGCACACCUCAGGUGGCUUUCCCAGCCACCACCUAAUUACAAGUAUAUAUAGCUUAAUUUAAACUGCAUUCUCUCUCUCUAUCUCUAUCUAUCUCUCUCUACAUUACUCUGUGUGAAAAAUAAGGAGUAUAAAUUAAUUCCAAUGUCUGCAAAUUAUUGAUCCCUUA